CCGCGAGCUUCGAAACGGCGGGAAAGGCGGUUGGAGAGGGAGGGGUGAACGGUUACUCACUCCAUGGCUGUGGAAAGGAGAGGCAGCGGCGGCCUCGGCUGAAUAAAGAAGGCAGGAGCGAAGAGCGCAGGCGCGGUUGCAGACGCUGACGGAUUUGCUUUGGGAGCCGGAGUAGCUGCUGCCACGAGAGUCUGGAGCCAUGAGCGGGUUUAAUUUUGGAGGCACUGGGGCCCCCACAGGCGGGUUCACGUUUGGCACUGCAAAGACAGCAACAACCACCCCUGCUACCGGGUUUUCUUUCUCUACGUCUGGCACUGGUGGGUUUAAUUUUGGGAAUCCCUCCCAGCCAGCUGUGAGUACCCCUUCUACCAGCCUGUUCUCAAUUACCACCCAAGCGCCAGCGACACAGACCCCAGGAUUCAGUUUUGGAAGCACAACUCCUGCUGCUGGAGGAACUGGAUUUUCCUUAGGGCUCAACGCUCCAAAGCUAAACUUGAGCAGCACAGCUGCCACCCCGGCCCCAGCGCAGCCCGGCGGCUUUGGGCUGGGCAGUAGCACCCUCACCAAUGCCAUCUCAAGCACCGUCACCUCCAGCCAGGGCACAGGCCCCACUGGCUUUGUGUUUGGCUCCACCACCACCUCCGCUGCUCCGUCCACCACACCCGGGGGCUUCUCAUUCACAGGUGGAAGCACAUCCCAGAGUGGGGGGACCUCCAGUUUCAGUAUUGGCUCGAUGGGGACUUCAGCCCAGCCCACAACAUUGGCUGGGUUGUCCUUCACUCCAGCCACACCAGCAGCCACUGGAGUGGGGGCCACACAGCCAGCGGCUCCCACACCCACUGCUGCCACCACCAGUGCCGGGCCCACGCUCUUUGCCUCACUAGCCUCCGCUCCAACCUCAUCCACCAGCACUGGGCUCUCGUUUGGUACCCCAGCAACCACUGCUGGAACGUCGGGGGCUGGAACGCUGAGCUUCAGCUUAAAGGCUCCUGGAGCAGCUUCUGCUGCGGCCAUAGCCACGUCCACCGCCACUACCACAUCCACCUCCACCUCCAGCUUUGCCUUGAAUCUAAAACCCCUAGCAUCGGCUGGGAUCUCCAGCAAUGCGCCCUCCACCAUAACCGCUCCGACCGGCCCAGGCGCAGCCACUGGGGUGUCCGCCAGCCCUGUGAUGACCUAUGCCCAGCUGGAAAGUCUGAUCAACAAGUGGAGCCUGGAGCUGGAGGACCAGGAGCGGCACUUCCUGCAGCAGGCCACGCAGGUCAACGCCUGGGACCGCACGCUGAUCGAGAACGGGGAGAAGAUCACCAGCCUCCACCGUGAAGUGGAGAAGGUGAAGCUGGACCAGAAGAGGCUGGACCAGGAGCUGGACUUCAUCUUGUCUCAGCAGAAGGAGCUGGAAGACCUGCUGAGCCCACUGGAAGAGUCAGUCAAGGAGCAGAGCGGGACCGUCUACCUGCAGCACGCGGACGAGGAGCGUGAGAAGACCUACAAGCUGGCUGAGAACAUCGACGCGCAGCUGAAGCGCAUGGCGCAGGACCUCAAGGACGUCAUCGAGCACCUGAACACGGCCGGCGGCCCCGCCGACACCAGCGACCCGCUGCAGCAGAUCUGCAAGAUCCUGAACGCGCACAUGGACUCGCUGCAGUGGGUGGACCAGAACUCCGCACUGCUGCAGAGGAAGGUGGAGGAGGCGAGCCGGCGCUGCGAGGGCCGGCGCAAGGAGCAGGAGCGCAGCUUCCGCAUCACGUUCGACUGAGCCCGCCGCCGAGCCCGCGCGCCAGCCUGCGGAGCCCGGGCUGCUCAGCAGGCUGUGCAGCCAUUGUCUAGUUUUUGUGUGUGAUGAAAUACUUGUCUCUUCUUUUCAAAUAAUUGUGCUGUUGAGAGAACUGUUCUGUGGUUAGACUUUUCGCAUUUUACGUAGAAAUCAUCUUAGUACUAUGGUCGGGGCGGCAGCCUCGGAGGAGUGCUUUCUCUGUGUAUCUUUUGUGUAUCCCUGACCCUUUCCUCCUGCUGCAACCACCCACCUCAUCCUGCCUGCUCCAGCCAAGCGCUGAGAGCCAUCUGUCUCCUGGGCAGGGCUCCCGGGGCGGCCUCUCUGUCCAACACAUUCAUAAUGCAGGACUCCAUCCUCGGGGAGACAGCAGCGUAGUGGGUGACGUGUCCAUGUAGAAAGGAACCCCACAUGUAAAGUGACUUGUGACUAGAACAGACUGCGGGAUGGAGAAUUUCACAGGAGACAGGUCAGAUGAGAGAUUUGAACUAGGUGUUGCAAAAAGGGUCAGAUUUGAGCCAGGGGGCCUUCACGUUGCCCGACGGACACAGCUCCGUCCUCCAGGUCUCCUUAUCUUGGGCCUCGCUCUAGCCGCUGUGUCAGAUGGCCGUCCUGUAGUCCCCUCACCACCCUGAGCUUGCACUUCUGGUAACGCUUUUGCCACAUGUAUUACGCCCAGCUGUUUACUUCUCUGCCUCACCGAUAGAUUGUGAGCCCCUGUGGGCAGCAAGUAUUUCUCCUUCCCUUUUGUGUCCUCAGCACAAUCCCUGGCCCAUUUACCGAAUGAAUGAACAACAGAGAUGAAGUCUACCAUAAAACCAUCCACAGAAUGCGGGCUGAAAUGGCCACGCUGGCAGAGGCGGCCAUAGGCGUGGUUGCGAACUUGGCGUUGCCAAAGCAAACUUGGUCAGUUACAGUGACAUCCGGUGUCCAGGAAGGAGAAGUCAAUCCGUGGAUCUCGUGUCUGUCAUAUUUGUCUUUCCACUUUGCUGCACUCUGAAAUGCCUAGGACUGUGUGUCACUUUCCUGAAUGGAAUAAAAUGUUUUGCAAAACAGAAAAAGGUUGCUGUUAAUGUGGGUAACUUAGAAGGAGAAGGUUCCAGAAGACUGUCAAGUGGGAUGCUGUCUGGAACUCAGAAACAAGCAAAAUGAAACUACAUUGUUUAGGCAUUCGUACACACGCACAGACACACACAUCAUGGAUUCCUCUGGUGCUGAUGGCAGAAGAGGAACACAUGGGCAAACCUGUUAGAGGUCACAUUCUGGGUUAUGUCUUAGAAUACACAUAAAUGUCAUCUGUCACCAUCCCUAAGGCAGUAACAGG